UUGAUCGAUAAUGGCGAAGUACUCGAUGGAGAACCUGUUGGAGGGUAUUCGCUUAGCGAACGAAACAUGUCUUCAGCUGUACGGAAACGAAUCGCUCAGCAGCACCAUUCAAACCGUCUUCAACAAAACUUUAGGAGUGUACGUUUGCCCUGCAUUCUUUGAUGGAAUAAUGUGCUGGCCACCUACGCAGGCGAAUUCAACAGCGAGUUUUUCCUGUCCGAGUUAUUUUACUGGGUUUGAUCCGAGUCAGAACGCGACGAAGGAAUGCCUGGAUAAUGGAAUGUGGUUUGUGAACGAGGAAGGAAAGGCAUGGACAAAUUACACGAAAUGCUAUACGAGCGAGGAGACCGUAGUCGAGGUCCCCAUUAAGUCGGAUAUUGCCCCGCAUUUUAUAACCACCUAUUUACCGACCAUCAAGAUUAUAUCGAAAACCGGAUACUCCGUCUCUCUAGUCACAUUGGUGAUUGCAUUCAUCAUAAUGUUUUCCAUAAAGAAAUUGCAUUGUCCAAGGAAUAAACUCCACAUGCAUCUGUUCGCUUCGUUCAUCUUUCGAGCUUUCAUCUCUUUGCUGAAGCACAUCAUCUUCGUGGACGGAGUCGGGCUACAUUCAGACAUAAUCCUCAAGAAUGGACAAAAGUUUUUCUUUGUCGACAAAAAGUACGGAAAUUGGGGCUGCAAAUUGAUAAUAAGCCUCUUCCAAUUCUUCAUCACGGCCAAUUAUUCCUGGAUCCUCAUGGAAGGUCUCUACUUGCACAACCUAAUUUUCCGAGCCCUCUUCGCGGACUCCAAUCGCAAGAUCACACCUUACAUCAUCAUGGGUUGGGGAAUGCCGGCUGUAGUUACCAGCGUCUGGAUUGUUACCAGAAUCAUGCUUGAGAAUACGCUCUGCUGGACGACGCACGACGACAAGAAGAUGACUUUUCUGAUUAUACGCAUACCGACCGCAAUUUCCAUAUUGUUGAAUCUGAUACUGUUCGUGAGGAUAGCCGUGGUGAUAUUCAGCAAGCUUCAGGCUCACGUUUACGAAGAAGCCAGAAGAUAUCAGAAAUGGGCUAGAAGCACGUUGGUUUUGGCGCCGCUCUUCGGCAUACAUUACGCGUUAUUGAUCGGAAUGUCUUCGUGGAUCAACAAGGACGAAAUCAUCGAAUCCAUUUGGCUAAUUUCAGAUCAAUUGUUUGCAAGUUUUCAGGGAUUCGUCGUGGCAAUAUUAUAUUGCUUCAUGAACAGCGAAGUGCGCACGGAGCUGAAGCCGCACGUGCACGUUUUCCUGACCUAUUUGGCUACGAACAAGUGUCUGAAAUACUUUUUCCCCUGCAGGGAGAAGUACCUUAGAUCAGCUAGAGGCAGAACAUCCGUGUGCACGACGAUGUCCUGCAGUUCGCUCUUCAACAACGGCGUGAACCAUCACAGGAACAGCAGAACCAGAGGCUGGGAGUUCAUGGGCCGCAAUAAAAACGUAAAUGUCCACGGUAAUCACUCUCGCUCCCCGAAUGGAGCAAUUCCAUCUGAAAUUCAAAUCUCUUUCGCUCGUGCUUUGGUAGACAGGAACGUGGACCACGUAUGCAGGACGAACGCACGGAGCUGGCACGAAGGACCAGGCAGAUGGAACGCGGCCAGAUGCACUUCAGCCGGAUGCAAUCGAGAUGCGAAGCAUUACAAUUUCAGCUCCAACGGCAACAUUCCGAGCGAAAGGUCAUCUUGUCUAGAGCAGCCGGCAAAGUGCAAAUCCGAAACUCAGUUGGUGAGCGAGAACAUCAGCAUGCUUCCGAGGAAUUGAUUUGGUAUUAGACUUCAUGUGGUGAAUCUCCGAGAUGGUCUCAAUUUAUUUUUUUUGGAAAGCAACGUUUCUGUGGAUGAAUCGUCCUCGUUUUUUUAUGGAAAUCAACCAAUUUAUUCAUAAAAGACGCAUAUUUUGAUACGAAUUAUUUGGAGGAACGAUGGUCGGUGGAAAACGAAGGCAUCGAUAUAUUUAAAUAUUGAUUUUACUUGCUGUUACUUACAUUACGUGAUGAAUAGAUGUGUUAACUGUAAUUUUGUACCAAAAAUAAAUUAGUCAUAUUUGUACACUAAAUAUAUGUUUCUAAAAAUUUAAUGUAAGAAAUGAGUCUCAAAUUUGUAUUGAGUCAAUUACACUAAAACUUUACUAAGUAACUAUUGUCUGUUGAAACACAUUCAGAAUGGAUUUAUUAACUUGAAUUUUGAAAUCAAAGUUGGCCUACAAAAACGUAUUUCACUAAUAUAUAAUUAAAUUGUAAAUCAUAAACUAGUUAAAUCAUUCACAAAUGGAUAAAAAUGCUUUAAAUGUAAGUUCCAAUAUUCACAGUGCAAAAAUUGAAUUUCUUCAAAUUUCAAAUAACCAUUCAUAAAGAUAUCGGUGUGCAUAACGAUUAAAUAGUUUAGUACAAAGUGUUUGAAACAUAUCAAUGUCUUUAGCAUGUGUCCUAUUUACUUUGACGUGGGAAAUAUAUUUGUGAUACAGAACAAAAAAAAAAUUAGAAAAGUUUUGGUGUUCGCUUGUAAAUUGUAUACAUAUAAUGUUAAGUAAAUGUUGAAAGCUGCACAAAUUCAAAUUUGUGUUUGCGAAUUUUACUAAAUUAAUUAUUGGAAAGCGAUCG